UUAGAACCCUCACACUGCCCCAGUGAAGCAACAAUGACUCUCACCAAGGAAACCCGUGUCACCCUUAAUGAUGGCAACAUGAUGCCAAUCCUAGGAUUGGGCACUUAUGCUUCUCCUGAUGUGCCUAAAAGUCUUGCGGAGGAAGCUGUGAAAAUUGCCAUUGACGUUGGUUACAGACACAUCGACUGCGCCUUCAUCACCGGCAAUGAGAUGCAUAUUGGAAAUGGCAUUCGUUCCAAGAUCUCUGAUGGCACAGUCAAGAGGGAAGACAUCUUCUACACGGGAAAACUCUGGUGUACGUACUUUUCCCCUGAAAUGGUACGCAAAGGUCUGGAGAGAUCUCUGAGGGAUGUUGGAAUGGAUUAUCUGGAUCUGUUCCUUAUGCACUGGCCUGUCUCCCUUAAGCCUAGUGGAGCUUCUGAUCCCUCCGAUAAGGACAAGCCUUUCAUCUAUGAUAAUGUGGACCUUUGUGCUACAUGGGAGGCUCUAGAGGCAUGCAAAGAUGCAGGUUUAGUGAGAUCCCUCGGAGUAUCAAACUUUAACCGCAGGCAGCUGGAACGUAUCCUGAACAAACCAGGACUGAAGUACAAGCCAGUUUGCAACCAGGUGGAGUGUCAUGUAUAUUUAAAUCAAAACAAACUUCACUCCUACUGCAAAUCCAAGGACAUCGUUUUGGUGGCUUACAGCGUCUUGGGCUCACACAGAGACAGGAACUGUAUAUUCAAUAUUGAUGCUCCCUCCAGGGUGGACCUUAGCUUGCCAGUGCUACUUGAUGAUCCAAUUUUGAAUAAAGUUGCUGCUAAGUACAAUCGCACCUCUGCAGAGAUCGCCAUGCGCUUCAUUCUCCAGAAGGGAAUUGUGGUCUUGGCCAAAAGCUUCACCCCUGCUCGUAUCAAGCAAAACCUUGGGGUCUUUGAAUUUGAACUGAAACCUGAAGAUAUGAAAUCACUUGAGAGCCUAGACAGAAACCUACAUUAUGGACCUUUUAGAGAGGUGAAACAGCACCCAGAAUACCCCUUCCACGAUGAGUACUGAAGACCAACUGAGUGCCAACGCAGUCUCCAAGAAGAUGCUUUCUGUAUUAUAUAUGUAAAGCUUUAGUAGAGCUGCACUCUGUUACAUACAGAAAAAAAUAACAUUUAGUCAUUUGCCCAGUAUUUAUAAAGCAUUAAUGAUUGGAUGGGAGCGUUAUGUCUUAUGCCAUGUUGCCUUAUGCAUAACAACCAAUAAAUUUAAUGCUGAACAUCAAGAAA